AUGUCAUUAUAUAAACCAGAUGAUGCAGUACGUGUUUUAAAGGAGUUUUGGAGAAAGGAUCCUAAAUCAUGUGUAAAGAUAUUGCUUACUUGUUCGUAUCUAUUGACUACUGUCAUUGUGAAAAAGUAUAAAUCAAUCACACCUGCAAAUGCAAUCUUGGAAUUAGAUUUUGAUCUAUUGGAAGUUGUUACUACUCGACCAAACAAGAUUGAACAAUUAUUCCAUCCAAAUACAAUCUAUUUCUAUGAUAUUAUCAAUUACAUCAAUCAUGCAAGUGGUGAUGCCAAGGUAAAAGCAUUGAUUUGUAGAUUAUCAGACAAGGCUCAUCUCUCUCUUGCAAUGAUUCAAGAGCUGAGACAAGCUAUUCUCAACUUUAGAGCCAAAGGAAAACACACUGUAGUCUAUUCCGAAUCAUUUGGUGAACUUUCAAAUUCAAUUGGUUCUUAUUAUCUUGCUACUGCUUUCAAUGAAAUUUAUAUUCCACAAUGUGGAGCAGUUGGAUUGGUAUCAUUUAGUAGUGAUCAAUCAUUUAUUAAAAAGACAUUGGACAAGCUUGGAAUUACUGCUGAAUUUUUCAAGAGAAAAGAGUACAAGUCGGCUGCUGAUCCAUUGACAGAGGAAAAGUUGACCGAUUCCAACAGAGAGAGUCUUACUGCUCUUUUGGGUGAUAUCCUCAAUCAAAUGUACCAAGGUAUUGCCAAGGAAAGAAAUUUAGGAAUGGAUCAACUUUUAAAUAUCAUCUCUAAUGGUCCAUAUAGUUCAAACAAAGCUGUUGAAUUAAAUUUGGUAAAUGGAACAAAAUAUUUAAAUGAAACAUAUGAACAUUUAAAGAAAAAGAUGGAAGAGGAUCAUAAAAAGAAACCAACUUUACUUUAUUUGACCAAAUACAUGUCUACCAAACCACACCCCUAUUCACAAAAGAGUAAGCAUCAAUUUGCAUUGAUCAAUUUGGAGGGUGCCAUUUACCGUGGUCAAUCAACCGACCCUAUGCAUGGUGGUCCAAGCAUUGGAUCAGAGACUGUCAGCUUGGCAUUGAGAGCAGCCACAUUGGACAAGAACAUCAAGGCGAUCGUGUUGGUUGUCAAUAGUCCCGGUGGAUCAUACAUUGCAUCGGAUUUGAUUCACCACGAGAUUGAACUUGCCAAAAAGGCUGGUAAAAAGGUGGUGGUUCAUAUGGGCCAAUUUGCAGCAUCGGGUGGUUACUUUAUCGCUUGUAAUGCCGAUAGAAUCGUUGCAUUGCCUGGUACCAUUACAGGUAGCAUUGGUGUGUUGGCUGGUAAGUUCAACACCAAACCCAUGUGGGAAAAGAUUGGUGUCACAUACGACAUGAUCAAUCUCAACAACAAUGACAAGCACGGCGACAAUGACAAUAGCACCUUUUACUCUGCUCUCCAUCCAUACAACAAGGUGCAACGUGAUGCCAUGAACGACUUUUUAGACUAUAUCUAUGGUGACUUUACAUCAAAGGUUGCUGCCGGUCGUACACUGACAGCUGCCCAAGUCGAAGAUGUUGCUCGUGGUCGUGUUUGGACUGGUAACCAAGCUCUCGAUAGAAAGUUGGUCGACAAGAUUGGCAGUCUCAAUGAUGCCAUCAAUGAGGCCAAGACUCUUUGUGGAUUAAAAGAGACUGACAAGUUACAGAUUGUUGAAUUCCCAAAGGAGAGUCUCCUCAAGAAACUCCUUUCAUCUGGCUCACCCUACAACUCUGAGGAAGCCAAUAAAAAGGGAAGCAACAAUGCUGAAACCUCUGCAGCCGGUGGAUUCAUCUCUAGUGUUGUUCAUGCCUGCAAGUCAAUCUCUACCAUCUUUACUAUUGUCCAAUCUGCCAUCGUCAAUCAAUCCAAUAAUUCCACCAACGUCAUUUUAGGUAGUUCAAAUAAUCAAUUUUCAACUUUAUUAUCUCAACAAAAUCAAUCUUUUGCUCAAUGUUCAAUUGAUCCAGUCUUGUUUUAA